AUGGAUUCAUUACCACAUGACAAAUUUAUGGACACCAUAACAGAUAAGGAUACGAGAGUUAGACUGAUGCAAAUUUCAGAAGAAUUGGUACGGAAACGGGCAGAACACAACGAAGGAGAAAUUUUUAGUCUUGAAGAAAUUUCUUUUCAUCAGCAAAAUAUUGAGAGGAUAGAAUACAUAGAAAAAUGGUGCCGAGAACUGAAGAUUCUUUACUUACAGAACAAUCUUAUCCCUAAAAUAGAAAAUGUUGGAAGAUUGAAAAAAUUAGAGUACUUGAAUUUGACUUUAAACAACAUCACUAAAAUUGAGAAUCUAGAAGGAUGUGAAUCACUUAAGAAACUAGAUCUAACGUUGAAUUUUAUCGCCGAGUUAACAAGCGUGGAAAGCCUGCGUGGGAAUUAUAACUUACGUGAGCUGUAUCUUACUGGCAACCCUUGCACGAACCUAAAGGAUUAUCGAGCUUUUGUUGUUGCCACUUUACCGCAGUUACAGUAUUUAGAUGGUAGAGCAAUUGAAAGAUCGGAAAGGAUUAAAGCUGUGCAGGUGUACAGCAGAACAAGAAAUAACAUUUUACAACAACAAAAAGAAAAUGAAACAAAACAGAAUGAUAAAGAAUUGAAGCAUAAAGAUCACUGUGACAAAGAGGCAACUGUCACUGAAGAAAGUGAGAUUACACUGAAUGAAGACGAUGAAGAAAAAUUCUGGACAGAGGAAACCAGUUACACACCACAGUCCAGGCUUGAAGCCUACAGACACAUGGAGAGAAUUCGACAGAAAGAAGAAAGUUCUUCAGAGAAAAAAGUCAAGCCUAAAAAAAGGCUAAUAACAGAUGAUGGAAGGAUAUUGAAUGUAAAUGAACCAAAAAUCAACUUUCAGCUUAUGGAAAAUGAAGAAAAUGACCACUUUAUUCUGGAUCUGGCCAUCUAUAGAUAUCUGGACACCUCUUUAAUAGACAUUGACAUACAACCUCACUAUGUUCGGGUUAAAAUUCGAGGCAAGGUGUUUCAGUUAGUUCUUCAAGAAGAAGUUCGACCUGGAGCAUCAAUUGCUCAAAGGUCCCAAACUACUGGCCAUCUGCUUCUCACCAUGCCUAAAGUCAAGAAAAAUGAAGAAAUAAGGUUGGCACCUUCAAUUAAACAUAAAAACUCAUCAUGGAACAGAACAAGAGAAAAAAGCAAUUUAAGUAUGAAGUCUUGUCCAAGUAACAGUACUUCUACUAAUGAGAAAUUAGAAGUUACUGAAGACUUGUGUCCUAUGGCUGUAUUGGACAAAAUAACAGAAAUAAAUAGUAAACAAUCAAGACAGAUGAUAGGUUCACUGACUCUCAGAUUGCCAGAAACUCAGGAGAGAUGUAAUUCUGAAGAUUUUAUAGAUGAUCCCGAUGUUCCACCAUUAAUUUAGUAGUUACAGAAACAUCACUGGAUAUUUUAAAUAAACAGAAAAGUUUUCUUUACAAAGUUUGCAUCAAUUGUGGAUGGCUUUCAUCCUGAUACUGCUGGUAAAGUUUCAAAACAUCUUUAAUAGUUUAAUAUUACUUUGUGGCUUUCUCAACAUAUAAACUAUUAUUCUUCCAAAGACACUGGAUGAAACAUAGGAUAUUACAACGUUAUUCUUGGAACUGCUGGUAAUUUUAACAUUGGCAUAAUACUAGAAAUGCUUCACACCAUAUUAAGACAACUGAAGAACCUGUAAGCAAUUAUGAAAAAGCUCACAAUAUGUUAUUUAACUAAAACCAGUUAGAAAGUUUAUUUAGAUUAGAUUCAGGGCAAGUUUUAAAAUGUUCCAAUAAGCAUUGUACUUGUUUUAUUAGGAAGUGAAUAAUUAUGUCAUACUAUAUAAAGGUUUAAACAUUUUUUUUGUUUCGUAAUUCGAUAAAUAUUUCACCAAACAUUAAUUUAUACUAAUUCUUGAGAUAUAUAAUCUUCAUCUAAAAUAAUGCCAUUUUUUAAGUUUUUUAGUAAGUUGAAUAUAUAUUAUUAUUAUAAGGAAAUAAUAAGUGAUUCUUUGUAAUGACCUUUAGUCCUAAUUUUUAUACUUCUAUUUCCUUUGGAUUAUAAAAAUUGCAACAGUGCUGGUAAUUGGACUAUGUAAUUGCUAUAUAAGUGUUAGUAGAGUCAAUGACUUUUAUUUUAUUUGCUUAGUAUUUAGAACAAAAUACAAUGAGGUAUGUGUGACAAAGUGUUUAUUCAAUUUUAGUGAUAAUAAUAAUAAAAUAUUAUAAAUUUAAUAACUUACUAACAGUGUCAUGCAGAUCAGUUACAUGAUAUACUUUAGUAUAUAAUUUCCAUAGAUACAAUAUGCUCUUUAAUAUGUUAGGCAUUGUGUCAAAUAAUAUUUUAACUUUGACUAUUUUAAUCUUUAUUUGUGUGGUGUUUCUUCAAAAUUUAAAACAGUAAUUAUUGAACUUUACAUGAAUUUAUAACAUGCAGUAUAUCUCAUGAGUGUCACAUUUACAGAUUACAUUAGAUAGUGAAGUAUGAUAGAGGAAAACAGUAUUUUAAAAAGAAAAAAUUACAAAUAAUAAAAGUGUUUAUAACAAGAUGGUCUGAAAUGGCCUUGCACAGUAGUUUGUAUUAAAUCAUUUCAUAUUUUUUUUGGUAAUAAUUAAAAUUCAGUGUCAUUUUGUACAUGUAUUAUCAUUAUAUUUAGUUGAGUUGAAUAAAGCUACAUGUAGAAUGUUUGAUUAUUGUAAAUAUUAUUUAUGAAAGACUUGCAUAUGGGAACACAAUACCUCAACUUUAUAUUUGUUUAUAAGUCGUCAUAUUUCCAUGCCCAUCCAAUCUGAG